AUGGCUGAUAUUGAUUCUUGUCCAGGAACUGAGUUCGAUGGAGUCGUUCAUCUUCUUCCACAAGAGCAAAUUAUUCGUUUGGAUCAAAUUGAAGGAUUUUACCAUCGAAUUUUGGUCAAUGUAAUCGAUUAUCAGCAUCAGUCUCACACAGUUUAUGUCUACAAAAUGAAUAAUACAAAUGAAAUAUCAAGUCUGCCAAGUGAGCGUUAUCUAGACAUUAUUGUUAAAGGAUGUGAAUAUCAUAAUGUUCGACCUGAAUACAUUGAUCGACUUAAACGAGAGCAACCAGUAAUAAAGCGAAAGAAACCUAUUGAGUUCAAGUCAUUCACUGAUAUAACACCGAAUAUAUUCUAUUCUAUGGAAGAACUUGUACGACACGAUGGAAGCGAUCAAACACGUCAAUUAUGGACCAGUGUUAAUGGAAAGAUCUUGGAAUAUGCCGGACUACCAGCUAAUGAUCAUCCAGAUUAUGAACUACAAAAGCGAUUUUUUGCCUUUUUUCAGCCACGAUAUGGUGGUCGUGAAAUGGUUUUUGCAAUGGCUAAAGUCUUGUAUGAACCAUUAUACAAAUUGCCGCUGAAUGAUGAAGAUAUGAGUGAUGAGCAUCGUGCAAUGAUCGAAGACAACUUCUUCGAUUGGGUAGUCAAAGAUACAGUACAAACAAGUUAUUGGAAGCCAAUUGGACGACUUCUCUGCUCCAAAUAUCCAUAA